CGCUAUCAGCUAUAUGAGAACAAGGAAAAAAUCUGGAGCAAUAAUUUUAGUACAUUUAUUGUUGUUUGACCCUUCAAGUGGAUAGUUGGUGGAUGUCAAAAGUAGGAAUCAGACAAGGAUGGACCAACAGAGAACCUAUCAAUUAUUAUUAUUUGUCAAAAGUUUUCUCAUUUCUCAGUGGAAUUUGCAGAAGAAAUGGAACAAAAUUUUAACCACCAAAAAUGGUUAGUUUCUCAUGUACUAUUACUAUUAAUAUUUAAGCACUAACCCCAAAAAAUUGAAGCAAAGGAUCAGAAGAGCAGAUAAAUAAGCCAAGAAAACUCCCCCCUCUCUCUUGAUCAUAGUUCAAAAAAGAAGAUAUGCAACAAAACCAAAACAGGUUGGUGACUGCUGGGAAAGCUAUAAGAUGCAAAGCUGCUGUCAGCAGAAAUCCAGGAGAACCACUCGUUAUAGAGGAAAUUCAAGUUGAGCCACCUAAAGCUUGGGAGGUCCGGAUCAAGAUUCUCUGCACUUCUCUUUGCCAUUCCGAUAUCACCUUCUGGAAAAAGUCCAAUGGACCAUUUGCGAUUUUUCCCACAAUUUUUGGGCAUGAAGCUGUCGGUGUUGUUGAGAGUGUAGGGGAGCAUGUGGAAGAAGUGCAGGAAGGAGAUUUGGUGCUGCCAGUGUUUCAUCCAAAUUGCAGAGAAUGCAGGGACUGCAAGUCCCAAAAGGGCAAUGGUUGCUCAGUAUUUGGUAAUAGAUUGAACCCUGACAUGCCAAGGGAUGCGACAAGUAGAUUCAAGGGGAUGAAUGGGGAGGUUUUGCACCAUUUCUUGUCUGUGUCCAGCUUCUCUGAGUAUACAGUGGUGGAUGUGGCUCAUGUUGUCAAGAUCUCAUCGAAAAUUGCAGUUGAUAAAGCCUGCCUGCUUAGCUGUGGAGUAUCAACUGGGAUAGGAGCAGCAUGGAAGGUGGCAGAUAUUGAAGAGGGCUCCACAGUCGCCAUUUUUGGGCUAGGAACUGUUGGACUUGCGGUUGCAGAGGGAGCAAGAUUACGCGGAGCUUCGAAGAUCAUAGGUGUAGAUUUGAAUCCGGAAAAAUUUGAGAUAGGGAAAAAAUUUGGAGUCACUGAUUUUAUCAACCCCUCAACCUGUGGAGAGAAAAAUGUCAGCGAGGUGAUCAAGGAAAUAACGGAUGGGGGAGCUGACUAUUGCUUUGAGUGCAUUGGAUUGGCUUCAGUGAUGGAAGAUGCUUUCAAUAGUAACAGACAGGGCUGGGGCAAGACAGUGAUAUUGGGAGUGGAGAUGCAUGGCACACCAUUAGCUCUGAACACAUAUUUUCUUUUAAGAGGCAGAAGUGUUACUGGCUCUUUCUUUGGAGGAUUUAAACCCAAAUCUGACGUUCCCCUCCUCGCUGAAAAAUAUCUACACAAGGAGCUUAAUCUAGAUGGAUUCAUAUCGCAUGAAGUGAGUUUCAAGGAUAUUAACAAAGCUUUUGAAUUACUGCUUGAAGGAAAAAGCCUCCGUUGUAUUAUAUGGAUGGAUUAAUAAUUUCGGUUUCCUAUACUGUUUUAUCAGUUGUAAAUGAAUAACGACAUAGAAAUUACAGUUCACUAGUAAAG